GAAAUGGAUUAGAAAUCCUAGAGCAAGCUUUUGGGACGUGCGACACUUGUACAUUUCACAUAUUCAGCAUUGGAAAUCGAGCGCAGCAGAUUAAAAAAGCGUGGCGCCCAGACCAGUCGCCGACUGACCGGGCAUGGAUUGUAAUCCGGAGCUCUCGGGUGUCUGAGAGAAAGUGCAGUAGAAGUAGAAGUCCCUGUGUCGUCGUCCCCCCCUCUCCUCGGCAAGCUCAUGCUGCUUGUAGCCGGGAGGCAAAUGGCUUUCAGCUACUGAACUUCAGUGCACGGGGAAAGCAAAAUCCUGAACUGGCGCCCUUUUUUGCGGAAAAUCUCAUUAAUCUGCAGUCCCUGUCGCUCUCUAACCGUGAAUUAGGAAUAUCGUUCGCGGCCAGGGGAAGAAUGACAGAGGUUGGCUGUUUUUGCUCGGUCUGGAACUCGGGAGCAUUGGAAACUGCACGAAACUCCACUCCCCGCAGUUUGUGUGCUUGACGACGAGGCGUGGCCAAGCCUGGCUACACAAAAAAACACGUCACGAAACUUGUUUUGAGUGGCUAGGAGGACGGGAGCGACGAAACUGCUUGUAACCGAAUCCCUCUGCCGACAGGGAAAACGUUGACCUCUCUAUCUGCGUGGCUGCGAGGAGUAUCAGGAAAUGAUUGUCUGUACCACAGAGUGGCAAAGAAAGCCCUGCACGUCUCGAAGGUAAAAUCCGACAGCUUCUGAAGACUGAGAGUCCUGAGGGCAGAAUGUGGACUCGAUUCAAAGGCACGCUUGCUUCUAGCCCUAGUUAAUAGCUUGAUGCAGUGCACUCCUCCAGAAGGCAUCGUCUUUACUGUUCCCACCGUUUUCAGUGUGCUGCAGUAUUUUCACUGAUUGGAUCUACCAAGGAAAAAAAGUGGCUUAUUCCCUUCUGAAAGAGAUACUGAAUGGAACAGGCUUUUCCAGCCCAACGCACUGCACUGCCCAGCAACCCACCUAUUUAACAGCAGCCUAAUCACAGGACAAUUUACAGUGACCAAUUAACCUACUAACAGCCAGGACUUGACAUUCAUCUCAAACAUGUUCAGCAAGAAGAAGAAGCGGGUAGAGAUCUCAGCACCUGUGAAUUUCGAGCACCGUGUCCACACUGGCUUUGAUCAGCAGGAACAGAAGUUUACUGGGCUUCCAAGGCAAUGGCAGAGCCUCCUUGAGGACACGGCCAAACGGCCCAAGCCCCUGGUAGACCCAUCGUACAUCACACCCAUUCAGCUUGCUCCGCGUAAGGCCAUUGUAAGGGGAAGCAAAGUUGGAAUUGACGGCUCACUGAACUGGCUUCUGGAUGAAUUUGAGAACGUUUCUGUUACUCGUUCUAACUCCCUGCGGAGAGGGAGCCCACCUUCACUGCCCCAUCGGGACCAGCCACAGGAUGGGGUGCACAAGAACGGCAUGCACAAUAGCCACACUAAGGGUGUCUACUCAUCUGAGCUGGAUAGAUACCACGAUAAUAAGGCAAGGACUGAGGGGAGCAAACCAGGGUCCCGGGAUGAGUGGGACCAGGGGAGGGAUGACAGGCACAGGAACCGAAAUGCGGAGCGGGAGAGUAGUCGUGCUCACCCGCAGCAGCCCAGGGGUCAGGAGCCGAGCAGGCCCAACCACCGCGACAAGGAGCCCCGUGCCGAUCACCACCGGCACCCUGACAACAGGGGCAAAUCACACGAGAAAGCGGACAGCAGGAGAGAGCACCACCCGGGGGACCGGGAAGGAAACCACGUUGGUUUCAAUGAGGCCACCAAUUCACAGGACCGCUCAGCACGGCGAGAGAGGGUUGAAGCUGCAGACAAGAGGCCGACGUCCACGUACACUGGCGAAAUCAGCCCACAGUCCCCCAAGGACAAACGACCUCUCUCUGGUCCAAACAUCCGGUCUCCAAACAUUCCAGAUGCUGACGGAACGCGAAAGGGCCUGCAUCCGUCUGGGAGACCCUUCAAUACUUACCCAAUGGCCGAUGCUGGAACAAACAGAGGCACCAACAGCCAGGUUGAUGUCCGGGUAGGAGUACCUCACGAAGUCCGGCACAAUGGCCCCACUGCUACCAAGAACAGUGCAAAUAAGCCAGAGCAGGGUCACUUCAAGCCGGCCCACAUGGAGGCAGGGCACGCGGGCCUGUCCCCUCACGCCUCCGACACGCACUUGGCACGCAGUCCUCAGCCCAGCUCCCAGCCCCCGGCCUCUGAGUCCAGGUCGCCCCAGAGAGAGCCGCAGCGGGUGUCCCACGAGCAGUUCCGAGCAGCCCUGCAGAUGGUGGUGGAUCCGGGUGACCCCCAGACGUACCUGGACAAUUUCAUUAAGAUCGGCGAAGGCUCGACCGGGAUCGUCUGCAUCGCCACCGUGAAGUCUACAGGCAAGCUGGUGGCAGUGAAGAAGAUGGACCUGAGGAAACAGCAGAGGCGGGAGCUGCUCUUCAAUGAGGUUGUGAUAAUGCGAGACUACCAUCAUGAAAACGUGGUGGAGAUGUACAAUAGCUAUCUGGUGGAUGACGAGCUGUGGGUAGUGAUGGAAUUCCUGGAAGGAGGGGCACUGACUGACAUCGUAACGCACACCAGGAUGAAUGAAGAACAGAUAGCGACCGUCUGCUUGUCUGUGCUGAAGGGUUUGGCCGUCCUCCACGCACAAGGGGUGAUUCACCGAGACAUCAAGAGCGAUUCCAUUCUCUUAACCCACGACGGAAGGGUGAAGCUAUCGGACUUCGGGUUCUGUGCCCAGGUGUCAAAGGAUGUGCCAAGGCGCAAGUCACUGGUGGGCACACCUUACUGGAUGGCACCAGAGCUCAUCUCCCGGAUGCCAUAUGGUCCCGAGGUGGAUAUCUGGUCACUGGGGAUAAUGGUCAUAGAAAUGGUUGAUGGAGAGCCUCCGUACUUCAACGAACCUCCGCUGAAGGCCAUGAAGAUGAUACGGGAUAAUCUGCCCCCCAAACUGAAGAAUGGUCAGAAGGUUUCUCCCCUCCUUAAAGGGUUCCUGGACCGGCUGCUAGUGCGGGACCCCUCACAGAGAGCAUUGGCUUCGGAGUUACUGAAACACCCCUUCCUGAGCAAGGCGGGCCACCCAUCCUGCAUCGUACUACUGAUGCGGGGCAACCGUAUAAAAUGAGCUUGCUAAAAUGAGCUUAGUCCCAUCCGGGAGAGAAGAGAUUCUGUGAUUUUAAAACUAGGAAGCAUAUAUCUCAUAAAUAAAGCAUUUGGCAUUUACAACAGCAGGGUAGUUUCCUGUCUGACCCCGUGGGCCUGAGAGAUAGCUUCCAUCCACGGUGACUUGCUUUGGCAACCACCUCUUUCAACUGGAUCUUCUGACUGAAGUUCGACACUGCUGUUUCUAAGGGGGCAGAACCACAAAAGAUAAAUAUGAUUACUACUGAACACCAAGACUUUUACUUCCGCUUUGUGAAAUGUGACUAAAAGACUUCUAAAAGUCGACUAACGUAGUUUGUACACAGAGCAUCAAAUAAGGAGCUACACUGGAAUUUUAUAUAAAUAUGAGAAGCGUGUGUGUAUAUUUCACUACUAAAUCUAGAUUUCUAAACACUGUUAGAUGUCACGACUGCACAGGUAUGAAGCAUGCAUCCAGGGAAGGGGGUUCCUGACCUUUGCAAAGAAUGCUGGGAUAUUGGCAGACUAGGAACGGCAAAGCUCGUGUUCACUGCCUUUUGCAUCACUUCGGACCUCGUGCAUGCUUCCCCUCCCCCACUCCCACCAAGAGAAAUGUGUGAUAUUUGCUAGUUUGUGCAGACUAGUUUAAAAUUCAAUCUGUUUCACAUGUUAAUUACCGGUCUCUGCAUUGUAGAUACUCAAGAGUCUUAUAACAGCAAGAUAGAGGCUGUCCAGCCUGUGGAAGGUGCUUGCAGGCUCUUGUGUUUGACCUGUUGGUUGGGAGGGGAGGAAUUGUGAAGAGAGAAUGUCUGGGGUCGGUGGGGCUUUACUGGGACUGCAAGAAGUGUGGGCAGAGUCUCGAUAACUAUAGAGCCAGUCUUGGUGAGGAUGUGCAUGGGAGUCUUUGAUGAAGGUGUCCUGCAGUCUUAAGGCUAGCUAUAAGUUUGCUUGUGAACUUUAUGAGGUGAAUCAUAACUGUCCCAAAACCAAAUCAAAGACUAAUAACUUGGUGACAUGAAUUGUGUUCAACAGCAUUGGUCACUCCAACUUCAUUUGUCUGUUAGUGGCAAUGUUUUGAAGGCAACUGCAGGGGAGAGCAAAUGUUUGUCAGGGCUCAAACAGUGAAUUAAAUUUCACAGCAAUGUAAAUUUAGUCAGAAGACUGAGUCUAUUUAAGGAGUUGAGAAAGCCGAAGGAACGAUCAAAAUCACAGCAACUACUAAUAAAAUCUGGCUGUUUAUUCCAGGAGUUGGAGAAGGGUUACAAAAAUACACAAGAAAUGGCUUUCAGUUACUUGGUGGUGUGAUCACUUGUCCUGAAAGGGAAAGUUCCCAGUCAUUGUCACACAGUUAAUGUAGGAAUCACCAGGGAAGAGGGCAGAUGGGUGGGACCCACACUGACCAAUACCACUGUAACUGGGGUUUUGAUCCCUUGUCUGUGCACAUUCUGCUUGUUGGUUUAGGCCUGAGGUUCCCAAACUUACUUUUAACGCCAUGGACACCCCCUACCAUUAACAGAGGGGUACGUGGGCACACUUCCAUUCUUCUUUAAAACUUUGUACAAUUCGGAAUGACCUUGAGAGUUGCUAGUGCACUUAUUGUGUACAGGUCAAAAGGCUUCACUGAGGAAAAGUAUUUCCUGACAGCACUAGUGUAUUGUCCCAUUGUCAGCGCAGAGUGUGAUGUCAAACCCAAAGGUUUGUACAUCCAGGGAAAGGAACAAAAAUCUCUGUAAAUCAGCAAAAUCCUUAGCAGUUGCCAACAUCUUGACGUCGAAGUUACUUACUUUCCAUUUUUUUAAAAAAAAAUGUCCUUAAAGAUCAUAAUUUUUAAACUAUCUCUCUCCCCCCCCCCCCCCCCCCACCGCCACCCCUACAAGCACUUCUUGUGUUAAGAUUAACAUGGAAGGAAUCAUUUUAAUUUAACCGAUGUGAUUCAGAAAUCAGAAUCGGGUUGAAUAUCACCAGCAUCUGUCAUGAAACUUGACUGAUGAAGUGAGCGGCAGCCUGAUGUGGAAGAUUCGUGUGAAUUGUUGGGUGACGAGGCUACAGAGUUUAUUUGCUCAUCGUGAUUUAUCGGUCAGUGCAGGAAGAUCCACUCCCGUGACUGCUUGACAAAAUUCACCAGUGACCAUGGAAACGACCAGCCACUGAUCUUUCCCUCCCACUUUUCACUGUGCAGUCAAAUGAGCUACAAGUGGAGCAAGUUCAUUUAAAAACUCUCAAGACUUGAUGCAUGCCUAAGUACUGAAAGUAGUCUCGAAUGCCAAUAUCCCAGCAUCCCAUUGCACCAAUUUGUCCUUGAAGUUGUGUUUGAGCCAGUUACCAGCAUGCAGCUUCAUCCCAAUGGAGAGAUGAAGUGACUACUGAAUGGCUUUGCCUGGGUUUGUUUAAGGAUAUUUAUAUUAUAAUUUUUUGUAACACUACAGUAUUUUCUAGAGAAUGCUGCAACUUAUUUUCUUGAGUAGUUACUUUACAAGAUUUACUGUUUUAAAAAGUGUUUUUCAUUGUGCCAAGAGGGUGAAUUUAAUGAGGUUUUAAAUUUUAUAAUUACAGAUUUGAAAACCAUUUUUCACA